CAGGAAUCAUCAUUUGGAAACCCAUCUUCUACAAAAUUUUUACUAUUUUGGAUUCAAACGCUUUGAUUGAAAUCAAAACCCAGUUCACCAAAAAAAUAAAAAAUAAAAAAUAAAAUCAAAAUCAAAACCCCAAUCUUUUUUAUUUUUUUAUUAUUCCUCUGUUUCUCUCUCACUUUCUUACCAGUUUACCGCACUGAGUUUUUUGGUACGUUUUUCUUUAACCUCUUCACUCUCUUUCAUUUCAAUGGAAGAGUAGUAGAAGCAAAAAGACUAGAGGGUGCGCCAAACCCAAAAGCCAAACCCACCCCCAUAAGCAAAUGCGGAUACCGAUAACUCUUUGUAUAUCAAGCUUUCUUCCUUAGAUCCUAAUCUUCAACCAACAAUCUUUCUCUUUCUUUCCAUGGAAGCCUAAUCCCUCUGGAAUCAACUUAUCCCUCCACACCUGCUCGUUUUCUUCCAUAAUUUCAGGAUCUAAUGGGGAAGAAAGUUAAGAAGAAGAGUCGAGCUCCUCAGAAGGAGAAACGUGUUACGAAUCAUACCUCUAAAAAAGUUCCCCAACCGAGCAACCCUAAUGUUGAACCAGCUGAUGAUGGAGUUUCAGUAGUAAAAGAGAAAAAACCUUGUCCACAUAUUGAAAAAGGUGUUGAUUAUAGUAAACUGUCUGCUAAAUUUGCACUUCCAGAACCAGUUAGGUGUGAAGAUUGUAGGGAAGGUGUGGUUGAUCGAAGAGCGGCUAAGGGAAAGGGUAAACAUGGGAAGAAAAAAGGGAGCGGUUCGGUGGACUCAAAAUCUGAGUUAAAAGCCAUUUGGGUUUGCUUGGAGUGCGGACAUUUUUCCUGUGGAGGGAUUGGACUUCCGACUAGCUCUCAAUGCCAUGCAGUUAGGCAUGUUAGGCAAACUCGUCACCCAUUAGUUAUCCAUUUCGAAAAGCCUCAGUUGCGAUGGUGCUUCCCAUGCAACACACUUGUUACAACUGAAAAAGUGGAAGAAAAUGGUGAAACUAAAGAUGUAUUUUCAGAUAUUGUGAAAUUGAUAAAAGGGCAUGUAUCACAGACACAGGAGUCGGCAGUGAAUGUUGAGGAUGUUUGGUUUGGAAGUGGCAGUGUUACAACAGAAAUUAAAUCAGUUAGCAACGUAACAAGUGAUUUGGAUGGAAACGCUGGUUAUAUGGUGAGAGGCCUGGUUAAUCUUGGGAAUACUUGUUUCUUCAAUUCAAUCAUGCAAAACCUUCUAGCCAUGGAUAGGUUGCGGGAUUACUUCCUGAAGUUGGAUUUAUCUGCUGGACCUCUGACUAUUGCCUUGAAGAAGCUCUUUGUUGAAACAAAACCAGAGGCAGGUGUGAAAAAUGUUGUAAAUCCUAGAUCAUUUUUUGGGUGUGUUUGUACCAAGGCUCCCCAAUUUAGGGGAUAUCAACAACAUGACAGUCAUGAAUUGCUUCGUUGCUUACUGGAUGGAUUGUCCACAGAGGAGUUGGGUUUCAGGAAACAAAUGAAUUCUUCAGAAGAAAAUGAGAAUUCUUCCAAGGGAGCAUCUAGUUUUGUGGAGGCCGUAUUUGGGGGCCAAGUAUCAAGUACUGUUCGUUGCACUGAAUGUGGCCAUUCCUCAACAGUGUACGAGCCAUUUUUAGAUUUAUCACUGCCAGUUCCAACUAAAAAGCCCCCAUCUAAAAAGGCACAGCCAACCUCUCGAGCAAAGAAAACUAAGCUGCCACCAAAGAAAAGUGGCAAGAAUAGACCUAAACUUUACAAAAGUGCAGAUUCCAUUUCAGCUCCUUCAACUAGCAAUGAAGUUUCUUGUGAGCCACAGUCUGGAUCCGGUGGCCCGUCUACUGUUGCUGAAGAAAAAGAAUCAGUGUUACAGAAUUUUUCAGCUGUCCAAGAAUCUGUUAGUGAACUAGUGUUUCAGGAUGCUGCAGAACAAGCACCUGCUUUGUUGGAUGAUUCUACAUGGAUGGAUUAUCUUGAUGCAGAAACUGUGACAGAUGGCAAUAACUUGACUUCACAAAACACUGAUAUUUCAAAUGUUCAGGAUUUGGAAAACAAGGAUGCAUUAAAAAGUGAGGUCCCAAUACAGUGUGGAUCUGAAUCAAGUACGCAGGUAUUCUCACUCAAUGAGGAGGUGGAUGUAAAACCUGAGACUUCUUCAGUUAAUUCUUGGGAGGAUGAUGUACCAUUACAGGUUCAAAGUUCUGAAGUUUUGUUGCUUCCAUACCUGGAAACUUCUAUGACAAUGGAGCCAGAAGAAGUCGAGGCUUCCUCAUCAAAUGUGGGGGGUGGACAAGAAGAUUUUGAGGGCUUUGGUGACUUAUUCAAUGAGCCUGAGGUUGCCGCUGGACCAGUUGCAGGGCCUUCUUUGGGUGAUGAGGUUGCAGAAACUGGUUUUAUGGCAGGAAAUAGCAGCGAGUCUGAUCCAGAUGAAGUUGAUGAUUCAGAUUCCCCAGUAUCUGUAGAAAGUUGUUUGACCCAUUUCACAAAGCCAGAGCUCCUCUCCAAUGACAAUGCUUGGCAUUGUGAAAACUGUUCCAAAACUCUUCAACAGCAAAAGUUGGAAGCAAUGAAGAAGCAGUUAAAGACUGCACCCAAAAGUUUGACUAAUGGAUGUGUGGCUAGAAUCCAAAGUGACAUGAUUUUAGAUAAGGACCUUUCCCCUGCAGAUGUCAGAAACCUUAGUAAUGGCAAUAUAAAAGAUGCUGCUGAAUUUAAAAAGCCUGAAAUUAUAUGCUCAAGUCAAAAUUCCAAAACUAUUGAGAAUGGUCAAACAGAUGAGAAUAAUCCUCUUGUUUCUCGAGGGGAAGAUGGAAUUCAAGAGCAAUCAAAUGCUUCAGAUUGCUAUAACACCAGUCAGGAAAGUUUUGGUGAUCAAGCAAUAGAUUCCUGUGUUGAUGAGUCUAGUAGUCCUGGAAACCAUGGAUCUGCUGAAAUUUUAAAUGAUGAGAUUAGCCCUAAAAUUGUGAAGGUGAAGAGGGAUGCAACUAAGAGGGUUUUUAUUAAUAAAGCUCCACCUAUUUUGACCAUUCACCUAAAGAGAUUCAGCCAAGAUGCUCGUGGUCGCUUAAGUAAAUUGAAUGGCCAUGUCAAAUUCAGAGAAGUAAUUGAUCUUAAACCUUAUAUGGAUGCCAGGUGCAUAGAUGAGGAGAAAUAUGAUUACCGCCUAGUUGGGGUUGUGGAGCACUUGGGGACCAUGAGAGGGGGCCACUAUGUUGCUUUUAUAAGAGGGGCCGAGAAGAGUGGAGGGAAUGCCGUGAAAGAAAAUGUUGGUUCUACAUGGUUUCAUGCUAGUGAUGCUUAUGUGCGUCAGACCUCCUUGGAGGAGGUUCUUCGCUGUGAGGCCUACAUCUUAUUCUAUGAAAAAAUUUGAUUCAGGAUCCACUUUACGCAAACAUGAUGCUGUUUCUUUGAUCCAGUUGGACUCAAGAAGCAUCCCUAGAGGAAGAGGGAGGGAGAGAGAGAGAGAGAGAGAGAGAGAGAGAGAGAGAGAGAGAGAGAGGCAGAGAGUCACAGAGAGAGAUUGUGAGGAGGGGAGGGGGAGAGAGAGAGAGAGAGAGAGAGAGAGAGAGAGAGAGAGAGAGUGUGUGAGGAGAACCAUAUCUGACUUCUGAAGGAGAUUGUGAGGAGGGGAAGCAGUGAACAG